GGGUGAACUUCCGUCCGAACGACUAAACAAAUUCAAACCGACAGAGUCGUUACUGCGAGGUGAACGUUGUUUGGGAAACGGUGGAAGUAACUGUAUCAGGAAACUGAUUUUGACCGUUGUAUAAAAUCCUCUUCUAACUGGAUUAAUAAUGGCAUUAAGAAAUCGAACUGCACUCACGACAACCAUAAAUCAGGAAAAUGUGAAGAAUUUGAAGUCUUCAACAACUUCAAUACCCUUAAAGACAAAAAGAGCUGCUUUAGGAGAAAUAGGCAAUAAAGUGAACACAUUAAGAGGUGUAGAGCCUAUUAAUAAACCUAGUUUAUUACCAAAAGAAAAGAAAAAUGUAGUAGCACUAAAACAAAUUAUUAAACCAGCGGAAAAGAUAUCAGAAAAAGCACCUGUACAGAUAGUGAAGCCUGUAGUAAAAGUUUUAGUUCCUCAAGAAAAUAAUGUGGUGCCAGUUCCUUCAAAAAGGGAAGUACAAUCAUUCUCUUCAGAUCUUUUGGAAGUUGAGGAUAUUGAUGAAGAAGAUAAGGGAAAUCCUAGUCUAGUUUCUAUUUAUAGUAAUGACAUAUAUGCAUACCUAAGAGAUCUAGAGAGUAAGUUUCCUAUCACAAAAGGAUAUCUAAAUGGUCUGGAAGUUACACCAAAAAUGAGAAGUGUACUUAUUGAUUGGCUAGUCGAAGUUCAUCAACAGUUUCAUUUAAUGCAAGAGACAUUAUAUCUUACUGUUGCUAUUAUUGAUAGAUUUUUACAGGCUUUCCACUCAAUAGAUAGAAAAAGGCUUCAAUUAGUUGGUGUAACAGCUAUGUUUAUUGCCAGCAAAUAUGAAGAAAUGUACUCUCCAGACAUAAAUGAUUUUGUAUAUAUCACAGAUAAUGCAUAUUCAAAGUUAGAGAUAUUACAAAUGGAGAUGCUUAUUGUAAAAACACUGGACUACUCUUUUGGCAGACCAUUGCCUUUACAUUUUCUUAGGAGGUACAGCAAAGCUGGAAAGGCACUUCCCAUACAUCAUACAAUGGCUAAAUAUUUCUUAGAACAAAGUUUGGUGCAUUAUGAAAUGUGUCACUAUCCACCAAGUCUUAUUGCAGCUGCAGCAAUAUAUUUAGCAUUUGCAAUUAUUGGUACCGAUGACGAGGACGAAAAAGUUGUCUGGACACAUACUUUGGCGCAUUACAGUACUUAUAUUAAAAAUGACGUGUUACCCGUGGUGCGGGAGACAGCAAUUAUUAUGAUUAACGCGGAUAAAAGCAAAUAUCAAGCUGUAAGGAAAAAAUACGCGCAACCAAAAUAUAUGAAGAUCAGUAGUCGUCCCGAACUUAGAUCGUCAGCUAUGAUUGCUAUAGCUACCGCGAAUAAGGAACGAGUAUAAUAGGCAUUUUAAGUGAAGGGAAAACAGAAACCGGAAAUGAAAAAAAGAGAGACGAGACUAUCUUCAUUGAUCCUUAAAUUAAUUCAUUAUUUCUAAUGAUGACUUUCACUUCGAAUUUUAUUGAAGUAAAUGAAUUAAAAAAGCCUAUUACGUAUAUGUGUGGAAUAUUACCAUAAUCAAAAUCAUUGGAUUAAUUGAUCAUUUUUAUAUUUAUAUAAAGUAUGUAAUAAAAGAAUAUUUAAUUGCUAGAAAAAAUU